CUUGAACUGGGCUGUAUUAGGGAUAAUUGCAACACACAAACUAUAUUUUAUAAAUAUGAUUGUUUUGUAUUGCCUCUAUAUAUCUUCCAAACUUGAUUCUCUAUUUCUUCACCUUUACUACUACUCUUAUGAUACUACUACUGUUGUUUACUCUACAUUCCAACCCUUGCUUCAUAGAUUAAUGUCGCAUACUUGAAUCUCCUUGACUCCUUGUUAGGAUAGUAGAUAACAUAAAGACUCUCUCACUCUCUCUGUGCUUUGCUGUCUCUCUACACUCUACACUCUACACUCUCUAAUAUAUACUCUACCAUGUCUUUCAAGCUGUUCUCUCUCCUCGCCCUGCUCACUCUGGGCCUCGCCACACCCAUUCCUCCCGAACUGGAAGACUACAAAACCCCUCUGGCGCCGCCCAUGCCGACUCCUACAGAACCGGCGACCCCCAAAGUCCCUCACUACAGCCACGUCCCGGUGGCCAAACCGGCCGCGGCAGAGACGCCCUUUGCCCAGCCGGAACAGCGCGUCGACAAUAACAUCGAGGGCUCGAAUCUGCUUUCUGCCCUGCAGGGCUCGAGCCAUCUGCUGGAUGGGUUCGAGGUUGGCGGGGAGAAGGUGAAUCCUCUUGCGAACCUGCCUGUGUAGUCUCUUCUUGUCAUUCUUGACCUUCAUCUUAUUCUUGUUAUUUUGGUUAUUCUUUGAUUUCAUUCUGUAAUUAGAAAGUCAUUAUUUCAUACAUUCAAUAGUCAGGGUCGUAAGUCGUAAGGCGCUGUUCUCUCGUUAAUCCUCCAUCCAGUCCAGUCCAUCGUUCAGUCCAUCAUUUCCAUCGUCCACUUCAAUCCUCGUCCCCAAA